AUGACGGCUUCUAUCAAGCUUUAUACCAACCACGGUUGCCCCUGGGCCCACCGAGCCCAUAUCGCCUUAGCUGAGCUCAAGCUACCGUUUGAGGAGGAAAUAAUCGAUCUGAGCGUUCCCCGUACCGCGGACUACCUGGCUGUCAAUCCCCGUGGUCUCGUCCCAAGCCUUUCAUACAAUGGCCAUAUCAUCACAGAAUCCGCCAUUGUUGCUCAAUUUUUGGCUGAUGCUUAUCCAUCUCAUUUGAUCCCAAACAGUGGCACACCUGAGACAGCUCUUGCUCGUGCCAGGAUUAACUUCUUUGUCGACACAUUCUUCAGCAAGGCGCACCCCCACUAUCACAAGGCUCUUUUUGCUAAGUCCGAAGAAGAAGCUGAGCAGGCUGCUGCUGAAUUUGUGAAGCAGCUUGAGAAAGAAGUUGAACCGCUGUUGGGUGAUGCAGGCCCCUACUUUGCAGGAAGUAAAACACUGACGUUGGCCGAGGUGCUCACCGGUUCAUUCAUCCUGCGAUUGUUGGCUUUACCAAAGAACGGUGUCGGACCAGAAACACUGGUCAAGGAUCUGCCUGCCAAGACGCCCAACUUCUAUAAAUGGGCGACGGCUGUGGUGGAGCAUCCUAGCGUGAAUGGCAUCUGGGACGAGGAAAGUGUUGUGGCCAAGACAAAGGCACGCCUGGCAAAGCUGAAGAUUUGA